CGCAAAUCUAAUUUUUUUUUUUUGCCUUCUUCGAUCCUUACAUUGAGACCAUCUUAAAAGUCCAACAAAUUCAAGAAAAAUGAAGACGAAGAUUGUGGUUAAGGUGUCAAUGAACGACGACAAAUCUCGAACAAAGGCCAUGCAAAUAUCGGUCGGAAUAUCAGGUGUUGAAUCGGCCGCUCUAACGGGGCAGGAAAGGGACAGGGUGGAGGUUGUCGGAGAUGACGUGGACGCGGUGGAGCUGACGCGGCAGCUGAGGAAGAACGUUGCCUACGCGGAGCUUGUGAGCGUGGGUGAGGCCAAGAAUGAGGCGCCCGCUACCGCCGCCGCCGCCGUGGUUGCACCCGCCCCGCAGCCGGCGGUGGUGUGGACGUCGUACGACAGAUUCCCGCAAUACCCAAUUUAUGAAAUGAGGAGUCCAAGCUAUGAGCCGUCGUGUACCAUCAUGUGAAUAUAUAUAUAAAUAUAGGAGAAAUAGUGAAAAUUAGUUAUUAUUUAUUUACAAUACUUGAGGCUUAAUUUCGGUAGGACUUUACACCCUCGAAUUACAUGCACCAUUGACACUAUUGACACUCUAUACCCUUAAAUUGAAAAAAAAAAUAGAAGAAUGCACCCUUAAUUACGACUUAUUUGGCACUUCGCACCCUUUUUAACCUUUUUAAAAACAAAAAUGACUGUUACCGGUUUGAGGGAUUUUAAGAUGGGAAUUUUUUCUUUAUUUUAUUUGUAAGAAAUUUAAAAAUAGUCAUAUAAUAUAAUCUGAUUCAUCGGUUUCUUUAAUUGGAG